AUGGGUCAACCAGUGUGACCUCAUUCCUGGAGGAGGCUGAGUAUCUUGCCGAGGCUAGAAAGGAUGAAACGUUACUCGAUGGGCCGACCGUUAACAUUUAGGGAACCGACCCCACCGUCCGGACCGCCUUCUCCAGCAAGUAAUGGGUCGACGCUCAGCCUGUCGGCAGACUGGGAGGUGCCGCCGGAAAGGAAAAGAGACGCCGGGACCAGCACAGAACCGCCAGCCACCAGGACCGUGGGUACCGAUGGAUAUCACGUCUACCUGGGGUUGGGCCCCCGAAGCUGUUGGCGGUGUGGCAACGAAGGCCACCGACGAGAACACUGCAGAGGGGAGCGGGUGAAAUUUUGUUCUAGGUGUGGCUGCGUGGGUGUCCUAUCACGGGAUUGCUGUGCCCGAACCACCGACCGUGACCGCAGACCUCCCUUAACCACCGUCAGCCAGCGAGGAACCCCAAGCCGGAGCGGAUCCUCAGGAAGCAGGGCAGAGGCAUAUAAUUACAAAGUUUGUAAAAAUGGAACAUGUCAAAGCCAAAUAUACAAUAUCAUUGGUUUUUACAAAAUUCUUUGA